UGCUUCUUGUCCUGCCUUCAGGUGCUUUGACCUUUUCUAUAGAACAUCCUUUUAGAUCUUUGCUUCUUUAGGCCCACACGCUCAGUUAUAGUCCUUCAGGCUCUUUUCUCAGGCUCCUUGUUUGUCUGAAUCCAUAUUCAAGUAUGUUACCCAGAAUUGGUCAGUCAAUCUGUCCAUCUGUCAGUCUAAAGUGGAGUAUUAAAGCACAAACCAAUGAAAAUUAUUACUGUUUGUGAUCUGAAUAUUGUAUUUGCUUUUCAGCAGCCAUAUUAGUCUGCUGACUCAUAUUUGGUUUGUAAUCAACUAUUACUUCAGAAUCUUUUUUUCCACGAUGACCAUUAUCAAGCCAGGUAUCCACAUGUGGGAACUGAUUUUGUUUCUGAUGUGAAGAACUUGGUAAAUUUCAUUUUAGCCCAUUUUUCUAACAUGUCCAGGUCAUGUUGACUUUUAUUUCUGUAUUCUAUAUUUCUGCUGUCCUACCCAAUUACAUCUUUUCCAGAUCUGAAAAGCAAUCCCUCCACUUCUUCAUUCAGGUCAUAAAUAAAAAUGUUGAAAAAUAUACAGCCCUGCACUGAACCUUUUGCUACCUCACUAUCAUUUGCUAAUUUUGCUAUCUUUCUUCAGUUUAAUGUGUUAUCUUUCUCCAUUAUAACUGCUGAUAAUCUAAUUAAUCUGUUAAAAAAAAACACCCAAACAAUAUACUGUUUCAACACUAGAGGGCUGUUUUGCAUAGGUUAGCAAUUCACAGCACUAUCUGUUAUUAGCUCAGGCCAUAAAUAAAAUGGACGCUUCAAAAAUAAAGUUAUAUUUCAAACUGUCAUUCAUUAAACAUUAAUGAAUUUUGCAGGAAAUAUUUUAAACAGUACCCUCCAAAACUGAUUUUCUGCCUGAGAAUUGCUUUCCUACUAAUGAACUUUCCUUCACACUUGAAAUAGCUCUUUUAUAAUCAGAUACUGAAGUGUGAAAUUGUGAUGCUUUUCCUUUCUCGUCAUCUGAGGCUGAAAUCCCUCCCACCUGAUCUUAGAUGCAGAUGGUCUGAGAAGUGAUUCAUGAUUCAAAGAGAUCCCCAAAUUUGGGAAUCCUGUAUGGCUGACUGAUGCGUUAUGAAAGUUGUAUGACUGGCUCAAUGCCUUAUUCUGAUUGAAUAUCUAGGCUGCAAUAUAAUCAGAGCAUGUGUUUUUCUUGGAAAAGCUGUGUCAUUCUAAUCAGAACUAUAUUUUUAUUUAGUUGUGGAAUCUCUCUUAAAUAUCAAACUUUUAAUGUUACAAAUGUACAAAUAUAACAUAAACUCUAGCCUUUUUGAAUCUUAUCUUCAAAUCCAUCACAUCUAUUAUAGAAGAAAUCAUUAGAAACUGGCAGUUUUGUAGUUUUUCUUUGCAUAUAAUGUAUUUCAAUGGUUUUUUUUAAAAAAAUUGUCAGACACAUAUUGUUCAACCUUCAUGUAACUCAAUAUAGUUAAUUUGAAAUUUCAUAUCACCUCAAGAUUUUAAUUCAUUUGCAUCCCAAUUAUUUUCACAUCUUAAAAGAGGAAAAAAAAGCCACUGACAUACUUGCAAUUACAAGCACAAAAGAAAAUGACUCUCCCAAACCUACAUCUGCUUCCCUUUUCAAGUUUGCCAUUGAUUUACUCUUUUUCCAAGAGCAAAUCUAUUGCAUAAUAACCUUUGUCUAUAGUUAAACCUAAGUUUGGCAUCAGAAACCCUCACUUGUGAUUUCAGAGAUUAUCAUUCUAGCAUUCCAGGUAUUUAGAGAUGUAGCCUAAAGCACCUGGGUAUAAGAGGGACAUCUUUAUUAGUAACAGUUCUGAAAUUUUGUACUUAAAAAAUAGAGGAAUUCACUUUUUUGAUUACUUUUAGGCCUGAUUCCCACAUGCUAAACUGUAAUCUUGUUUACAUUUGUUUUUCAAUGGUGUGCAAAUCAGAUCACUAUCCACUAGAGAUUAGCACGAAUAUGAACUUACUUUUAUUUCACACAUGGGCUUUCUAUUUAUUUAGUGUUUUAAGAGGCUUAUAAUAUUUUUAAAGCUGUUUUAUACAUUAUUUUAAUGCUGAUUUAAACAUUUUUGUAUACCUCUUUGGGUAUGAUAGUUAUAUAAGUGGAAUUAAAAUUAAAAUGAUGAAGAAUUUUAAAACUGGUUUAGUAAUAUUCAUAUCGGUAAUAAUUGUAUUAAGGCACAAGUCCAAAAAAGGGAAAUAUUAAUAGUUUUUUAAAAAACAAUACUUGAAUUUUUCUAACUGUAUUUCCUUUACACUACUUUAUUGCACACAUUUAAUUCUAGUACAACAAUAUCAUAACAAUGAUAUGCAAUUUUAUUUAUUUGCCUUAAGUAUUUAAAAGUAGAAGACUGGGGCAAAAAUAUAUUAGUGGAAGAUCAGAGAUUCCUGCAAUGAAUGACAGUCAAACACAUUUAUUUUUACUAUGUACAAAUGUGGUAGUUUAAAAUAGUACUUUAUUCACCCGGUUGAAAUGACACAUAGUCUAUGUAUAGAUAAUAUUUUGACCCAGCAAGCUAUACUGAUCUGAUAAAAAUGCUUCAGAGUUUUCUUACUCUGAACAAGUCAUUAUGAAAAUCAAACCAGUUUGGUAUUUUCUCAUUGCUUGUUCUUUAUCUCCUUCACAUCCUUUUAAAAACCUCUGAAGAUAAGAAGAACAUUUUUCAAGAUCUAAGGUGCUGAUUAAUAUCCCUUGGAUUAAUAUCACAAAAAUCAAAGAAAAGGUAAAUGUUUUUUUUAGACUGCUUGUUUCCUCUGUACUGAAAUAUUAUUAGAACUCACUGUAACAGAUAAAGUCUAUUCAGCUUACACUAGAGAAGCUUCAUACUGUAUAACUUUAAUAGGAUUCAAGGGGAAUUUUUAUUGUGGCUUAUAUAAUUAAUAUAAUUAAUUAUAAUAUAAUUAUAAUUAACUGUACAGUUCUAAAAAAACUUAAAAAAAGAGACAGAAGCAAGUUAAAUUGGUUUUAUUUAUCUAUUUCAUGAUAUAUUAAGAAUUGUUCUAAGUCCGUAUGUUGGAAGUAUUUUUGCUGGAAGAGAAAUGGUACUCCACUUUUUUUUUCAAAAAAAGGAAAAGAUGGGGAACCCUCUUUAAAUACUUUUGCAUAGAAUACAAAUAAUAUUUCAUAAAUUGGGAAAAAGUGCUUUUUAAAGAUUACCAGUAAAAAUACAAGCCAUUUGAAAUUACUAAUGUCUUAUUAAGAUUAAAUUCAGUCUUUUUCCCCAUUGAAAUAUUAUCUAGGUAAUAUUCUUAAAAAUACUGUUCCAAUAGUAAAAAGUGCUUUCCAUGUAACUCUCCUUCAUUCUGUUCAUCCCCAAAGCAAUAAUCUUUUAAAACUAUUACAUGGAUUAAUCCCUCUCAUAUGCUUACAUAUUCCUUAACUAGAAGUAUAAGAAUUUCCAUAUGCUUUCUCUUCAUUUUGGAAUGUCUGGGAAAGUUGAGUGGCAGAUGCUGUUAAUGCUGCUACUUCUAUUACCAAUGGCAUUCAGACUGACAGCUCUUCAUGCCAAACUAACAACUGUACUUCAUAGCUCAGGAAUAAGACACUGGCAGCAACGGCAGUUACCAGCAAACCCCCCCCCCCAUCUCCACAGAGACAACAGCAGCCACUCAGUUUACUACCCCCAGCACUAUCAAGCAGCUCUCCAAGAUCUACAGCUAAACUACAAGGAACAAAGUUAGGAAUCCCUGGGAAACACAUGUGUAUAUGUGUUGUGUCUCUCGCUUGACUUUGGUCCUGGGUCCAAAGCUUGUUGCUCCCUUCAAUCAGCUUGAAAGCAUCCACCAUGGAAGUGCUUACAGAACUGCCUGCUGAAGAAAUAGUUACUGAAAAAGAGAAUGAUGGAAAAAGCAACAGCCAAAUGAUCAAGUGUCAUCCUCAAGAGCCAUCAAUUUCCUCAGCUGAGGAAUCAAAAUAUGUGGAGAUUUACGAUUACCCUGGAGGGACAGGAGAGAGUCCCCAGACUCUAAAGCUGAAUCUAGAACGGAAUGGAAGUAAAGUGGCCUUUAUCAGACCUAAAAAUGGACCUUGUGAGAUCAGUGAGAUUAACAGAUUGGCUAACAAAAUCUUGGCAGACAAAUCUGCGAAUCAAGAAUCUCUGGAUUAUACAUCUAAAAUGGAAGGCACUCUUUCCCCCAUGGGGAUGAAAGAUGAUGAGGUUGGGGAAAGGAUCUCUGGCAUCAGUUCAGAAGGAUCUGAGAACACUCUGUCCCCUAGUAUCUCCAAUGUUCAGCUUUACACACAUGGCUGCCCAGAAUCAUCUUCAUCAUCUUGUCCUUCACCAAUACAAAAUACAAGGAAUUUUCCAAAAAUGGACGACUUAGAAAGAGGGGGGAAAACCUCCUCUUCAUUUGGGUAUGACAGCGAUGAAGAUGAUGAAAUAGACUGCAAAGAAAUCUGUCUGAGCAAUGAGAGAGGAAGAGGCAGGCAUGCUUCACAGCUAUUGCAGUCCCAACCCAGCUAUACCAGUGAAAACAACAAUAGUAAUAAUGAUGAAGCACAUUAUAUUACCACGCAUGAAAUCCAGCUUAGUGAAGUAGACCAUGACAUGGAUUUUGACUAUGGAUUAGCUUCUCGAUGGGACUUUGAGGACAACAAUGUUAUUUAUUCCUUUGUGGAUUAUGCUUCCUUUGGGAGUGAAGAAACUCUUGCAGACACACAAACAGAAGAGGAUAAUAGCUGUUAUCUCAGCACAACCACCAGUGAUCCUAAUAAUCAGACAGACAGUAUUGAUAAUACCAGCAGUACAGAGAUAGUCAGCAUUAAUUCUGAAAAUGAUACUCCAAGCACAGACAAAUGCGCCAGCUCGGAAGAAAGUCAGUCCAAGAACCUCUGCAACAUGAGUGAGAAUUCUGCAGGCCAGAUACUCCUAUCAAUCAAACCAACUUCCAGGGCUAUAAAUGAGCCUAGCAACCAGCAUGAAAAGCAAAACAUUAUUUACGCUGCCAAGCAUGAAGGCGACAUGAGCCUCUGUGUCUCCACAGCUCACGAACGAAAUUCAAGUUUCAAACAAGAUGUAUUUCAUGACUAUGCAAAAAAGUUUAUUGCAGUUCCUGCACACUUGCAAACAAGGUGUGCAGCAAUAAAAGCAAGAGAAUUGGGUGGAUAUUCAAGUGGUGCCUCCAGUGUGGUAAGUGAGUUGGAUGAUGCAGAUAAAGAAGUAAGAAGCCUGACAGCAAGGGCAUUUCGGAGCUUAGCUUAUCCCUACUUUGAUACCCUGAACUUGAGUUCCAGUGAAUCUUCCACAUCUCUUUCAGAUCACAACCUAGGAAUCAACCGAUGGUCAACUUACUUGGAUUUAAAGUGCAGCAGUCUUGGACAGAAAGCAGAGCAGAAUCUUUUCAAAAGCAGCGCUGCAUCUGCUGGAUGGAAAAGAAACCCUGGGACUAAGACAGCCAGUGACCAUUUCUACAUUCACUCCAAUAAGUCACAGACUAAAGCAUUGGAAUUUGUUGUCAGUAAACUUGAUGGGGAGAUAACGCACGUUGAAACACCACGUUGCUUUGAAAAACAGGUCCAGGCAGGCUCCCGAGUUGUUACUUUGCUGGAGACUUUGGAUUUCAGCAGCAAUAUUAAUGCGGGUGUCCCCAGACCUGGUAAACCUUCUGAAAAUGCUGCUAUUGGGUCCAGUUGCACAGAUGAAGUUACAGAAACACUGCCAAAGGAGCAGGGCAAUGAAAUUUGCAAACAAACUGGAGUGGUUGCAGAAACCAUGGAAGGAACACAGAAGUCAAAAUUUGCAUCUAGCCUCCUCAAAAAUGUUAUUUCAAAGAAGAUGCAACAGGAACAUGAGUUCAAAAUGGAAAGGGGAGAGAUCACAGACACCACAUACUCUGGUAUGUCAAAUUCCUCAUCUUCUAAAGAGGUAGAUAGCACUGCCAAGGAGAAGUUAAAGAAUGGGGGGUUGCAGAGACAAAAUUCAAGAUAUUCAGAAGGCAGCUCUGAUAGUACUAUUGUAACAGCAGAUGAUUUGGGGGAAUUUUUUGAUAGCAAGUCACCAACCUCCAAGCCUUCUACUCCACGGGAGGCCAAUAUUAGCCUAAAUAGAACCUUUUCAGAAACAUUUUUAGAAGAGGCAUGUAAAAUAAAACAAAGUGCCUCUGAAACACUCAAGGCAACUUUUCUCCGUAGCCAGAACAGUGCAUUUAGAACAUGGAAAGAAAAAGAAGCAGAGAAAAAAGAGGAAAAAGUUCCUGUGGGAAAACUGAAAACAGGAUUUAAAGGUGAUUGGAAAGCUGAUAUGGGAGAAAUCACAGCUAAUAAAGCAACUAAAAUGUCUCGUCUUUUUGUUCCAAAUAUUCAACAAACAACAAACAAAGAUAAUACUAACUUGCAUGUGACAAAAUACUCCACAGCGACAACUGCAACAGCUCAGACUGCUAUUGCCACCACAGUGAUAAAGCCCAAACCUCCAGAGAUCAAGAUAAGCUUGGGAAGUGUGGAGCAGAACAAAGAUAAUCUUUUCAAUAUUACUAAACUUCUCAGCCCCAAGAUAGCUGGAAAUGCCCCCAAUUUUUUCAAGACAGCUGUUGAUACCAGAUGUCAACUGCAAAAGCAAAUAAAAGGGGAGGUUAUGGACAAACUGCCUCAAUUUCAGGUACGUGAUGUAAGAGAAAAUAAAUGUAAAGUCCAAGGGCCUAUACACCAGGUGAGAGAUGUCAGGAAAUUAAUCAAAAGUAGUUAUAGUCUUGAGUCAGGGGAUAACCACAGUGACAGAGGCAGUGUUAACUCUGACCAGGGAACUUUUGACCAGAAACCCAAACAGUUGAUGUCAACUGGCAUUCCCAGGUCUCUGUCUCCUAUGGUGAUAACUUGUCAGGCAGUAAAUAACAUUAAAGAGGACAGGAAACCUAACAGAUCUCAAGAGAUGGGAGCCAAAGUAAGUAAUGGAGGCAAGAUGCUGCCUUCCAACCAAGAAGGAACUAUCCUGGUGCACAGGACCUCAGGAAGGCUGCCAGUAGCCACCAUUGCUCCCAACAAGAGUGACCCUCGCCAGCCUGCUGUAUUGAAGAUAGUCUCAAAAACAUCUGUGCCCUGGAGACAGCAGUCACAUCCACCACCACAGCAGCCAAUGACAACUGAGAAAAGCAAUAAAGUGGAACCAUUGGUGGUGGAUGGAGAAGAACUUCCCAAAGAAGAGGUGACCAAGGCAUCUGUCUCAGCAAACCACAAGGCCCUGCAAAAACUAACAGCAGCAGUCCGGAGCAUGGAAGAGCUGUACAGUUUCAGUAAAAAUGAGUGGAAACGAAAGAGUGACCCAUUACCCAUAACUGACAGCCAUGUCCUGUCCCUCAUUACCCGAGAAGAGCAAACCAUAGGAGCCAUAAACACCGCCAGGGAAGAAUCGAUGAUGGUUGCCAAGACUGAGGACCAGGAGGCAACUCAGACGGUGGGAUUAACAACUUCUCCCAGCAGAUCGGCACCAGAACGCCAACCCCGUGGCAGAUUCACCAACCCAACCAAGAACACAGAGAAGGUCUCGGCCAAGACAGCGGCCUUUGAGAACCUGACCCGAGAGCGGGCACGCGUUUCAGGCUUCCACGGAGAAUCUGCCUCAAGAAACACCGGGUCUGCUGAGAAGGAAAGAGUCCCUGUGGUCCCCAGGACCACCGUAACAUUUAAUGCUCAAGGCCAGAAGGCCAAGCACCAACCACCGGUGCUCUCGUCUCCUUCCCCACCUCGAGGCCUCAAAGGCCAGGCCAGGCCUCGCGCCAUGAAGUUAUUUGGCAACCGGCAGGGGAGCCUGGUGGAGCCCGACAAGAGCCGCAAGCCUACCUUUCCCGACUGCGGGAACUACUUGGCUAUCUCGCUCAAGGAGUCGUCUGCUGAGCAACCGGCACCAGUGGCCUUAGGCACAGGCGAAGCAGCAGGAGGAGGCAGCCGCGCAGGCCCCGUCGCCACUGCUUCGCCCGCUGCCACCCAGCCUCUCAACCUGGGCCGGUCCGUGGCAAGCUUCAACCCCAUCCAGGCGCCCCAGCAGCAGCAGCAGCAGCCCACCGCAACCACCACUCAGCCUCUGGCACAGCGGCAGCCGCCCUUGCCGCCGCAGCCUCAACUUCAGGCGGCGGCGGCGGCUCCACCGUUGGAAAUGUCUCCGGCGCACAUCUUCCCUCAGGCUCUGUCCCUCGCAGCGGCGGCGGCCGCCCUGACAGGCGCGGCUCAGCCAGCGACGCCUCUGCUUUGCUUCUCGCCGCCCACGUCAGCCGAGCCCGCUGCCUUCCCGCCUCAGACGCAGCGCAAGGUGCUGCUGGACCUCAGCACGGGGCAGUGCUACUUCGUGGAUACCCCGCUACAGCCGCAGCCCCAGAAGCGGCGCCUCUUUGACCCCGAAACAGGGCAGUACGUGGAAGUACCCUUGCUGGCGCCGCCGCCACAGCCGCCGGCCCUGGCCCCCAUGACCAUUCCCAUGUCGUCCCUGGCGCUGGGAGCGGCCGCUGGGACCUACAGCGCCCCGGCCGCAGCCUAUAUGUUCUACCCGGGCUUCCUGCCGGCCGUCCUGUCCGCCACCGCACUGCAAGGCCAGCUUGCCCAGCAACCGAGCGGCGAGCUGGGGUCUGCGGCCGCCUCGUCCAGGAGCGCCGCCAGUCCCGCCACAGAAAGCCCGUAUUACAUGCCCACGGGCACCCAGCAGCAGCAGCAACCGUGCCCACAAGCGGCUUCUAGCGACGGGAAAGCGCCGCUCAUCAGCAUCACAUCGCAACCAUUGGGUCCCCGGAUCAUCGCCCCUCCGUCCUUCGACGGCACCACCAUGCGCUUCGUUGUGGAGCACCGGUGAUGGGGCGCCGGCCAGGAGAGAUGCUGCUGCUGGUACGAGGGCACAAAGAACAAGAAUUUCACUCAAUUUGAAAUGUACUUGGUAAUUCUAAAUUUUCAUUUAAAUAGUUGUCCUCUGAUGGAUUGCUUUGUCCAAAACAUGUGUUACAUUGUUUUCAUGUUUGGAUAACCUGUUUCCCCCUCAUUUUUAACUAUGUAGAAAUUUAAUUAUUUAAAUAUAAAUGAUUGAAUUGUGGUAUUUUCUGUAGGUUUUUAAAUAUAGAAACUAGUAAUCAGUGUACUGUGCAACACACAGCUAACUACAGGUUACCUACAAAUGCAUAUAUAGAAGCAGGAGUCCUUAUUGGUUUCGAAUAAAAAACAAGUUUGAAUGAAGAAAUAAGAUGCUGAUAUAGCUUUGCAGAUACCUAUUUGCGGGUUUUUUUAAAAAAAGCUUGGAAAGCUUGAAUUAUUACUCCAAUCUAUUUCUCUGUUUAAAAAAAAGUGGCUGUAGGAUUGUUUUUAUACAUAACUAUAUGUAUGUGUAGUUUAUUCUUAAAAUUACUUUAAUACAUUUUGAUAUCUCUCUAUUAUCUUGGGAGAAAACAUAAAUGUAAAAGUAAAAGAAGUAAAAAUUUCUUUUUCCUAAGUUUUGCUAAAAUAGUUAAAUAUAUUCAGAAUUUGCCAAUAAUAUCCAAUUACAGUAGACUUAAGUGAUUCCCAUUGAAGCUAAUUUUAAUUUAUGGAUAAUCUUCAAUAGCAGCUGAAUUAGGAUCUCAUUACAUAAUAGGUAUGCAGUCAACUAAUUUGAGUUUAGUUUAAACCCCAGGUUGGUUGAAUCCAAUCAGCUAUGGAUGCAUAGCUAUCAAGGCAAACAUCAGCCCUACAAUAGUGUCUGAUAGUCCUCAAAAAAAGUUUUUAAAAAUGCCCAAAUCUGGCAAGUUCUCCAGAAUUCCAUGAAACUUCAUAUGAGGACUGCAGUAUCAUAUGAGGGACUGCAAAAUGUUUCUGGCAAAAAAGAAUGUGCUAAAUUUUAGAAAUCUUCAGAUCUUGCAAUAUUUAAGGCAAUUUGAGGAGGGGGAAUCCCACUGCACAAAACUGUGAUGAGGGUAUUUUAGGAACAAAAAAAGUUUAGUGAAUCCUGAGUUAAAUGUAUUGAAGACCCACUGAAAACUAGGCUUUCUUUAAAUUCCUUCGAAUAUGAAGCCUAAUUCUGUGGAUGUUUACUUGGAUUUAAAUCCUGUUAUUUUACAGGGCUAAUUGCUAAAAGGCAUGCAUAUGAUUCAGUUCUUAUUAUUAAUAGAUUUUGUUGAAAUAGAGUUACAAAGUAUACAUUUUAUUUAAUGCCUUCCCCUUAAAACCGAUAGUGAAAAUAACUGGAAAUAUAGUUCUUUAUUCUGUUUAAAUGCUGCUUUAUAUUAUUUUCAAAGGAGUCCUUGAGCUGCACUUUUUUGUUUAAAUAUCAGAAAUCUAGAAAAGUGAUACAAUUUAAUUUAAAGUUACUACACUUUCUUGGUGCCUUCAAUAAUUGUGGAGCAAGCAGUCAUUCAACUAGUGAAGCUUUUUUUUAACUACUUCAUUUCCAUAUGGAAUAAAUUGUGCUUAUGUGAUGAUAACUGUCAUGCAGCUCCCCCCAAAAGUGUUAACCCUUUUGCGUAUGUGUCUUGUAUAUCGUUAUUAUUCAAAGAAGAAGACACAUUUUUUCUUCUUUAUAUAUGAGGAAUUAAUUUUAGGAUAGGAGGGUUUGUUUUGUUUUUUUACAAAUAUAUGAAUUUCAGAAAGUUAUUUUAGAAAGUACUUUGAGAUUUUAACCUAGCUAUUUCCAGUUAGUAUUCUAAACCACUAAUGAAUAUUUGGCAUCAAGUUGUAAUUUAAAACAGUGGCCCCCAACCUUUUGAGCACCAGGGACUGGUUCCAUGGAGAGAAGUUUCUCCAUGGACUGGGGGAGCAUGGUUUUGAGUGCUGUCCACGUCCCAUGGAUGGGGUUUCACUUGUUUGAGUGGCCCAGUUGCUGGCAUGCCAUGGACCAGUCUCGGCCCAGGGGGUCCCUGAUUUAAAAUAUACCCCUUGAAACAUUGAAGGGAAAAGAAUGAGCAGUUUAAUGAGUUUUUAAAAUAGAGAAUUUUCAUAGAUUUAUUUGGCACAGGUAUGACAAUCUUAACUACAAUUAGGAAAGAACUAUGCAGGAAAUCCUCAACAAACUCAGAAUGAUGUUUAAAUGCAAAAGGUACAAAGCCCAAAAUAUAUCUGGUACAAUAUGAAACAUGGGGUGUACAACUUAAAGGACCAGAACCACAUAUAGCCCCUAAAUCUUGGGUGUGGUCCCCAGACGGCCCUGAAAACACAAUGGUGUAGCUUAAGUUCUACAUCUGAUUACAAUUGUAAAGUAUUUUUAGAUGCCAUAGGUGAAGCAGGAAUUUUUAAUUUUACAAAUCAUAUAGUAAAUACAUUAGUUGCAUCAAUUUUAAGAGAUCUUCGGCCAAGCAGUGAUGAUUCACUUUCAGUAUUCUGUUUCUGGUUAGGUAUGUUACAAAUUCUGCUGCUACCCACAACCAUACCAGUCGGGGUUGUGUAGCACAUGAUUCAGGCAGUGUACAGUUUCCAAUUAGCUUACAGUUUCCGGUGGCUGGCAGUUCAUCACUAUAGUGACACAGAUUAGUAGAUCAGAUUCUUAAACUAAAUAGUCAAUAGCUAAACUUAAGUGUAGAACCAGAAUAAAUAAGCUAUGGUAUCCUAAGAACAAGUCUUAUUUUUUUCUGCCAUAUUGUUUUACUGAAAGUUCUUUGUGGUUUUGGGCCAGAAUUCAGCACAGUGGGGCUUAAUCACAUAAUACUCUUCAUUCUAGCCCUGUUUUAAAACACUGAGCUUAACAUUUUUAAAAUGCAAUGCUAGAUGGACCAUACUACUUUUUAAAACAUAUUUCCACUAAAGCUCUUACACACAAAAAACCACUCAAGUCAUUCCCAUAGUUCUGAAUCAUUUGAUUUCCUUCAUCCAUAUUGUGACUUAAAUCUUUUCCAUGCUGAUUUAAGCUCAGUUUGCUCAAAGAAGUAAUGGUAAAUGAAAGAUCAGUUAUGUUCCUACCACAUAAAAAUUUAACAUGCAGUUCACUGUAAAAAAUGGAUUCAUGCACAGGAAGUUCCUUGUAGUUAUUGUCAUUUUAAUGCGUAUACUAUGAGAAUGGCUUAAAUAUGCUUUCGGUUGAAUGUGUGAAAAAGCUCCAAGCAUCUACAGGUUCAUUAAAUAUGAUGCUUAUUCAGAUCUCCUUAGAGGUGAUUUAACAUGGGCGAUUUCCAUUUUAUAGUAGCUUUAGAUGAAAAAAAAA